AUGGAGGAUUGUUCACACAGUGACAAGAAGGGCUCAGGAGAUGAAGAACUAUUAGGAUUUGCAUUGAUUUUCACAUUCCCAAGCAAGAUUAAUGGUUUCAUAGGUUCAGCAGUCUCUUAUUUUGAUCUUUGCUCUUUUUAA